CAAGCGCUAUGCCUCGCUCGCAGGAACUCCGGACCAACACAAUGCAUUUCGCUGCCGUGUUCGGGGUUGUCGCCUUCGCUAUGGCCGUGCAUGCAGUACCGUCAGGCAGGACAUUCGGUUCAUCGCAGCAUCCGGAACACAACGUCCAUGCGCACAACCACGAAGCUCAUCAGCACAGUACUGUCAUCCAUGGGCAGCAGGUUCUAGUUGAGGACGACUCUUCGGUCUCUGUUCUCGUCUGUCAAGUCGUCAAGGUUCCCGUUGUCCAGCCUGGUACGCGGCCAGCCCCCACAGUUCCAGCCGCUCCCGCAGUAGGCGCCGGCUCACCAUCCAUCGUGGGGUCUUCUCAGGAGGCCCUGUCCAACCUCACUACCCGCGUCAGGACUGCCGUGGACAGCCUCGUCGAACCUGUUGUUGCAGCCUUGCAGAACGCCUCGCUGUGGCUCAACCGUACGUCGCAGGAGCAUCUGCACCAGCAACACGACCACUGGGCUCAGCAUCAGCAUAGCGCCCAUAACCACCAGGCCCACCAGCACACUGCUCAUAAUCAUCACGCCCAUCAGCACAUGCAUGGCAGCCAGGUCAACCAGCACGCCACUCACGAGCAUCAACACCAGCAUAGCGGCCACACUAAUGUACACGCCCAUAACCACCAGGCUAACGCAGCUCACGCUCAUCAAACCCAGCAAGCGGUUCCCGGACAGGCUGUGCCGAUGACCGUUGUCUCCGUCCCUGUCAUGAUUCCUGCAGUACACGCCGGCUCGUUUCCUCUCGUGAACCUUUCCGCCGUCGUUCCUGCAGGCCUCGACGUGGCCUCACUGCAGUUUUCCAGUCCUGUCGGCAAUGCUACAUCGUCAGGAGACUCUCCCGCUGAACCUGUCACUUCUGCCACGGAGCCUGCAUCAACUCCUGCUCGUGUAAACAUCGCUGCUCGUACCGGCGACCUACCCACGACCAUCAACACAGACGCCCCUGUUACUCUGCUGUCGCACGGCUCCUCCUCUGCAGCUGUUUCUCACAAGUUCCGUGCCAGAGAUGUCGCUACACCCCCACCUAUUAUUCACAUACCUGUAUGUCCCGACUUCUGCUGCCGCCGGUAAUGUUCCUGCAUCGCCGAGGGUUUCGAUAGGCUACUGAUCGCACUGUCUGUAGGUUGCGGGGUGCUUCAUCUGAUCUUACUUUUCGAGCUAUUUCCAGGAGGAUACAUCCCUAUAUGUAUUCAUAUAGCGGACG